AUGGUGUCUGUAGUGCGACUACUUCCACGGCACAAGAUUGCUCGUAAUGGUGUGCCGUACACCAAGCUGCUUGCGUGGGUAUUGAAUGCACGGUUCUUCAAUCUCAUCAAGUUCUUGACGUUUGUUUCGGUGCCCUUUUGUCUUUUACAGCGUUUCGACCUCGGCAUCGCGUUUUUGUACAGCUUUUCAGGUCUUAUGGCUGCAAUAAUGGUUGUUUUGCUGGCUAGGAAAGUGCGCAUCGCUACAUAUAGCCAAUACUACCCGAGCUUGGCUUGGGAAAUUGGCCGUAAGCUGUUGGCUCCGAGUUAUUUGUCUUUGGCAGCUGCAUACAGUCUGAGCGCGGUAAUUUACAUUUGGCUUUUCGCCUCUGGUAGUUCUCCGCUGUUUGAAGUCAUCAAAGUUGAGCUGCCUCCUACCCCACCAGGGUUGCCAAAGAACUUGAAUGCGUCCCCGCACGGUGAUCUUCGGGUUGUGAAUCAAGAGUUCUGUUUUAGACACCAUUUUGCUAUUUAUGUGGGUUUCGUCUAUGCCGCAUACCAUUUAAUUGCAGGUUUUGAUGUUCUGGGUUCCGAGGUUCGAAUCGAAGCUCCUUGGCGCCAAUUGAAGUCGUCUGCUCAAAAAACGUUGGUUUCUGGUUUCGUUGCGUCAUCUGCAAUUGUGGGGUCUUGGAUCCUCGUUUAUUCUGCUUCUCACAACUACGUGCACAAGCUGUAUAAAGUGUUUGGCUUAAAUAUCCAAGGCCAAACUGAGUUCCCUAGCAUUAAGGUUAUUUCGGGGGCCAGCUACCACUUUUUCGGGUUAGUUAUGAUUUGGACUAUCGCCAACUCUGCCUUUAGAGUUUAUAUGUCAUUGGGCCCUUACCAUAGAGGGCAUACCAUUUCAUCCCCCUCUCAAGAUCCAAAUGGUUCACUGCUAUCUGGAUUCCAACAUAGAUCUGGCUCACUGACCCAACUGACGGCAUGGCAGGAGUUGCUUUUCAUUGCUCGUAGAGAUGAACAGCGUCGCAAGUCUAUUUUCAAAGACGUCGAUUCAGACAGAGUUGUCUGGAAACUUAUACGUGCGGAAUACGCCAAGCUGGUAGGAACCACUGUCCAGUCUUUGGAAGCAAAACCCAAGCCUGCUGAAAAGGUCCCUCAAGGUACUAGUAAAGCAUCUGAUGCCCUAGCUCAUGCGGCUCAUAUGAGCAGCAGCUGUCUUUUCACGCGGCCAGCAACCACUACUACGGUCGAACAGUUGAAGCCAGAGACCAAGAACGUAUUUGUGAGAGCACGCAUCAGUCCGUCCAUGCGCCUUAUUGACCAAAUGCAAGAUCCCAGUGCCCAAAGAUCGCAAGAUGCCAUUAGGUGGCUUGGGGUCGCCAUUCCGGAUCUCAAAAAGCCAUUGUUGGCAUGCAUGAGCCAAACUCAUCGCAAGUUCCUUCUCAGUUCUGUUGGAAAGCCGUUUAGACAUACUUCUCAGCGUCAGGCUCACAAACUCAUCCCUCAAUGCGGACUACUCUCGUUAGCCUUGGAAUCAGUUUCGGGUCUCAUUGUCGCUUCCCAUGAUGAGGAUCCCUUCGGCUACGUUCAGGUGGAUAUUGCCGCUACAUUGGCCCAACUUGACACUUUGUUAUCUUUGCUGGACAAGGUAAUGAAGCGGGACAAAAGUCAAUGGGAAGACGUUGCCGUUCAGGCGGGUUUAGUGGAACCCGACUUUGGCCCUUUGUUGACAGUACACCAGAGUGCAGUGAGUGCAUUCGAUAGUAUCGCUACGCGCUUUGGUAUUUAUUUUGACGAUCUUAAAGUAAAUGAUGCGGUUAAAAAGCGUGCAGGCCUGUAG